GCGUCCGUGAGGGGAGCCGCGGCUGCUGCCCAGCGAGCGCGGACGCGGACGCGGACGCAGGCAGACCAUGUGGGCCCUGGUGAGCUGGGUGGCCGUCACGGCAGGGCUGGUCGCUGGAACACAGUGCCCUGACGGUCAGCGCUGCCCCGAGGCCUGCUGCCUGGACCCCGGAGGAGCCAGCUACAGCUGCUGCAGCCGCGUGCGGGACAAAUGGCCCCCGACACUGAGCAGGCGUCUGGGCAGACCCUGCCAGGGGGGUGCCCACUGCACCCACGGUGCCUCCUGCGUCCUCACCGUCUCGGGCACCUCCAGCUGCUGCCCCUUCCCGGAGGCUGUGUCCUGCGCGGAUGGCCGCCACUGCUGCCCUCGGGGCUUCCACUGCAGCGCGGAUGGGCGAGCCUGCUUCCGGGCGUCAGGUAACAACUCCCUGGGAGCCGUCCAGUGCCCCGGGAGCCAGUUCCAAUGCCCAGACUCCUCCACGUGCUGUGUCAUGUUGGACGGCUCCUGGGGCUGCUGCCCCAUGCCUGAGGCUUCUUGCUGUGAGGACAGGGUGCACUGCUGCCCCCACGGCGCCGUCUGUGACCUGGUUCAUACCCGCUGCAUCAUGGCCACAGGCACCCAGCCCCUGGCCAAGAAGACCCCUGCGCAGAGGACCAACAGCCUAGUGCCGUUAGUGGCUUUGCCCACCUCCAUCCUGUGCCCUGACGGACGCUCCCAGUGCCCUGAUGACUCUACCUGCUGUGAGCUGCCCAGUGGGAAGUACGGCUGCUGUCCAAUGCCCAAUGCCAUCUGCUGCUCCGAUCACCAGCACUGCUGUCCCCAGGACACCGUGUGCGACCUGGUCCAGAGUAAAUGCCUCUCCAAGGAGAAUGCUACAGAGCUUCUCACGAAGCUGCCGGCACGCACAGUGCAGGAUGUCAAGUGUGACCAGGAGGUGAGCUGCCCGGAUGGCUACACCUGCUGCCGCCUCGCGUCAGGGGCCUGGGGCUGCUGCCCCUUCGCACAGGCUGUGUGCUGCGAGGACCACAUACACUGCUGUCCAGAGGGCUUUAAGUGUCACACAGAGAAAGGCACCUGUGAGCUGGGGCCCCACCGGGUGCAGUGGAUGGAGAAGGUCCCAGCCCCCGUGAGCUUGCCGGAGCCACGAGCCUGGAGGAGCGGCGUCCCCUGUGAUCACCUCGCCAGCUGCCCCGUCUUCAGCACCUGCUGCCGGCUCGCGUCGGGGCAGUGGGGCUGCUGUCCCGUCCCAGCGGCCGUCUGCUGUCAGGACCAGCAGCACUGCUGCCCGCGGGGCCACACGUGCACGGCCGAGGGGCGGUGUCGGCGGCAGAACGAGACGGUGGCCGGGCUGCAGAAGACACCUGCCCGCCAGGCGUCCCUGUCCCACCCCCGGGACAUCGGCUGUGACCAGCACACCAGCUGCCCGGUGGGGCAGACCUGCUGCCCGAGCCUCGGCGGGGGCUGGGCCUGCUGCCAGCUGCCCCACGCCGUGUGCUGUGAGGACCGCCAGCACUGCUGCCCGGCUGGCUACACGUGCAACGUGAAGGCCCGGUCCUGCGAGAAGGAGGUGGAGGCCGCCCGUACCGCGGCAGCGCUUCUGCUGCCCGGCCUGCGCGAGGGUGUGCAGGACGUGGCAUGUGGGGGAGGACGCUUCUGCCAUGAUAACCAGACGUGCUGCCGGGACCGCCGAGGCGGCUGGGCCUGCUGUCCCUACCCGCAGGGCUCCUGCUGUGCAGACCGGCAGCACUGCUGUCCCGCCGGCUUCCACUGUAAGGCCAAGAGCACCAAGUGUGUGCGCUGGGGGAGCCUGCGCUGGGAUGCCCCCCCGAGAGAGCUGGCGCCCCAGCAGCUGUUGUGAGGGACUGAGGACCGGAAACACUUGGCAGCCCUCGGGGUCCCGCCCGGAGGGUGUCCACUGCUCAGGCCUCUCCAGCACCUCUUCCUCCACCCAGCUCUCCCCGCCUGGGACCCUGUCAGAAGGGGGGCUGGGGCAGAAGCCACCAAACAAGCUGCCAUCCCCUCCCCCGAUUUCUGUGGACCCUGUGGUCAGGUGCUGUCCCUUUUCCACAGGGGUGUGUGUGUGUGUGUGUGUGUGUACAUGUGUGUGCGCUCCAAUAAAGUUUGUACACUUUC